CCACUUGCCGCGGGGCAGUGGCACCAGCAGACAUGGCCUCUGCGGUGGCGACGGUGGCGGUGGCCCGCGGGGCCGGGGCCAGGGCCGCGGUGACGACCGUGCGGGGCGGCUUCGGGGCUGCGGCCUGGGGGCGGUCGCGCUCGAGCCGCGCUCGGCCCCUGUGCACGGCGCCGGGGACUGCGGGGGACAUGAAGCGCUACCUGUGGCAACGCUACCGGGAGGCGAAGAGAAGCACGGACGAGUUGGUUCCAUCAAUUAUGAGCAACUUGCUGAACCCAGAUGCCAUUUUCUCCAACAACGAGAUGAGCCUGUCAGACAUUGAAAUUUAUGGCUUCGACUACGAUUACACCUUGGUGUUCUACUCCAAGCACCUCCACACACUCAUCUUCAAUGCUGCUCGGGACCUUCUCAUCAACGAACACCGGUACCCUGUGGAAAUCCGGAAGUACGAGUAUGACCCCAAUUUUGCAAUCCGUGGGCUGCAUUAUGAUGUCCAGCGGGCAAUAUUGAUGAAGAUUGAUGCUUUUCAUUACAUCCAGCUGGGCACAGUUUACAGAGGCCUCAGUGUGGUCCCCGACGAGGAAGUCAUUGAGAUGUACGAGGGGUCUCACGUGCCCUUGGAGCAGAUGAGCGACUUCUACGGGAAGAGCUCUCAUGGGAACACUAUGAAGCAGUUUAUGGACAUCUUCUCCCUGCCCGAGAUGACCCUGCUGUCCUGUGUGAACGAACACUUCCUGAAGAACAACAUCGACUACGAGCCCGUGCACUUGUACAAGGAUGUCAAGGAUUCAAUUCGAGACGUCCACAUCAAAGGGAUCAUGUACAGAGCGAUUGAAGCUGACAUUGAAAAGUACAUCUGCUAUGCCGAACAGACCCGUGCAGUGUUGGCCAAACUGGCUGACCACGGCAAGAAGAUGUUCCUCAUCACCAACAGCCCCAGCAGCUUUGUGGACAAAGGGAUGCGAUACAUCGUGGGGAAAGACUGGAGGGACCUAUUUGAUGUGGUCAUAGUUCAGGCUGAGAAGCCAAACUUCUUUAAUGAUAAGCGGAGACCUUUCCGAAAGGUGAACGAGAAAGGUGUCUUACUCUGGGAUAAAAUCCACAAGUUACAGAAAGGCCAGAUUUAUAAGCAGGGCAACUUAUAUGAAUUUCUGAAGCUCACUGGAUGGAGAGGAUCAAAGGUGUUGUACUUCGGUGACCACAUAUACAGUGACCUGGCGGAUUUGACCCUGAAGCACGGCUGGCGGACUGGCGCCAUCAUCCCAGAGUUACGGUCGGAGCUCAAGAUCAUGAACACGGAGCAGUACAUUCAAACCAUGACGUGGCUGCAGACCCUGACCGGCCUGCUGGAGCAGAUGCAGGUUCACAGAGAUGCUGAGUCACAGCUGGUCUUGCAGGAGUGGAAGAAGGAGAGAAGAGAGGUGAGAGAAAUGACCAAAAGUUUCUUCAAUGCCCAGUUUGGGAGCUUGUUCCGUACAGACCAGAACCCCACCUACUUCCUGCGGCGCCUGUCGCGGUUUGCUGACAUCUACAUGGCUUCCCUGAGCUGCCUCCUGAACUACGACGUGAGCCACACAUUCUACCCCAGGAGGACUCCCCUGCAACACGAGCUCCCGGCCUGGUCGGACAGCUCCUCUGCCUUCAGAGCCCCGGCCCUGCAGGAGGCCCAGGCCAAAUAGCCCCGCGUGUCCACCUGUGGGCAUAGCCAGAGGCAGCACGUGAUGGGGCUGACUGUGUGGGUCUGAGGGUUGCUUUGUGAAAAGAUCUCCAUAUGCCUUUUGAUAAUGGUUUGGUAUCUGUUGGGGAUACACCCAGCUCCAGACAGGCGCUGGCGGCGGGGGUCUCGCUUUCCUGCCCUUGGCGGGCGACUGUUUCAUAUGAAACUGUUUAGCCCUGUUUACUGAGGUCCCCAAAUGGAUGCCAGAUUUUCUGGGCUAGGUGAGACCACAUGAUGUAGGUCUGUGUCCAGCAGGUUGGAAAUUGUUCUUGACUCUUCCAUGGAACAUUUCUAGGCAGGCCUUGGGACUAACAGGGCCACAGCGAUGAGGCAAAGAUAACCUGCUCGCAGUAACAGCGGAUCCUGUGAGCCCCUCAGUGGCCCAGUGCUGCAGUAAGUGGCGGCCAGUUCCUGACACUUGCAGCCUCGGGCUGACGUGCAUUUCCGUGCACCAUGCCAAGGGGACUCUGCCCCUUUGCAAGGAUGAAUGUGGGAAAGGACAGGAACCCUUUUUCCUGGAGUGUACAUGCUGUAUCCUACCCUGUGCUGGGCAGGGGCCGCCGGCGAGCAGGGGAACAAGUGGCGGUGGGCCUGCAACCCUGCUCUGGUUGGAAUUGCCUUCCACCUGGCAGGACAGUCCUCACCGAAUAAGGCUGCAAGAGCAGAUGCACAGCCUCUGCGUGAAGUCUGUGCUGCGCAACCUGAGCGCUGGGCAGUGCAGCCGUCAGGUAGGAAGGCCUGGCUAGCUUGAGCUUUUCUCAUUCUCCAAGCAAGGCAGGCAGCCUGUGUGUUUCCUUUUUCCCCUCUGGAGGGGUUAAUCCUUUAUCAUAUUUCUAUAGUGUCUGUCAACAUAAAGUACUUGAAUACUUGAGCACAGGCACGGCCCCCUCUGAGUGCCAUAGGAAUGAAUGUCUGCUCUUAAUAUUCCUACUGUUGAUGAUGGUAUUUUCAUUCGUACACUGCAUAAACGCUUGUGCCCAGAUUAGCUUCCUCUUUAUUACUGGAACUUGUUUUAAGCUUUUGCUGUAAUCAAGCGGCAUUAAAUUUUUUUUCUUUUCUCUGUCUUCCCCCCCUCCUCUUCCUCCUCCUCCUCCUCCUCCUCCUGCUCCUCCUUCUUCUUCCUCUUCAUCUUCUUCGUCUUCUUCCUCUUCCUCCUCCUUUUCUUUUGAGACAGUUUUGCUGUGUAUGCUCUGUAUCCCAGGCCUUUUUGUUUUUUUUACUUUUCUUUUUUUUUUGCUGGUCUU